AAGACAUCUCCGCCCCCGGGGCAUACAGGUGUUUCAAAACGAACACACCGCCGCUGAGCCUCGAUGACCGUUACGACGUGCGAUAUGUUGUGGUUGUUGUUAGCAUAGCCUAGCAUGUGUCGUUAGUAACACAGAUCGAUAUAACGUCGGUUAUAAACUAAUGAAACCGAUAGACUCAGACGAGGAGGACGCGGAGCAGCUGGAUGCUUAUCAGAAGGAGCUGAGGCAGCGGGCCAACCAGAGCAUACAGCAGCUGAGCAGUACUCUGGAGCAGCUGAGCCCUGAUGGAGAAGAGGUGGAGGAGCAUAGAGGAAGUCAUGGCAGCCUCCUCACCGCCAUGGCCGAGGAGGAAAGGGCUGCAUGGAGCCAAAAGACACAGAGCGAAGCAGUUAAUCAGCUGAAGAGCCUUCUGCUGAAGCAGUGCAGAGAGAUUCCCUCUGCUCUCUCUCCUUCAAAGAAACAGUCUCCAUCCAAGAGACUACAGCAGGAGGGAAGGUCCAAUUUGCCUGCUUUUCAGGAUUUGGUCCCAAUGAUUAACAACCAGUCAGAGUACAUCCAACACCUGGAAGCUGAGGUCAAAUUCUGCAAGGAAGAGCUGCAGGGGAUGAAGCAGCGGAUCAGAGUGGUGGUGGUGGAGAAUGAGAAGUUGCAGUCGGACCUUAAAUCCAAAGCUGUGAAUGAAUCUCUGAAAGACUACACAUUUCAAAACUCCACGGUAAAUGAGAGUAUAGCAGCAAAUAGCCACAAGGGCUCCAAUACAAGCUACAGUGUGCAGCAGAAAGCAGAACACACUACAUGGAAAAAUGAGCUGGAACAAUUGAAAGGGAUCUACCAGGCUCAGAUUGAAAGCUUGGAGGCUCAGGUCAUCUCCCUCAGGAAGGAUCUGUCAGUCAGCCAGAAGGAGUGUGAGGAGGUGAAGGUUCGCCUGAGACACCGGGAAAAACAGGCUGCAGAUGCACUGAGGGCUGAUGGAGCUCCCCGUGUAGCGGGAUUGUGUCUGAAGUGUGCACAGCAUGAGGCUGUAUUGGCUGGGACUCACACAAAUCUGCAUGUCCAGGCUAUUGACAGGCUCACAAAGGAGCGUGAUGAGUUACUGGUUGCUCUGCGUGCUGUGCGGGUUAGUCAGCAGGAGGCUCAACAGAGGGAAUGGUCUGCCUGUCUCCAGGUCAAACAGGCUGUGGAGAUGGCAGAAGAAGCAAAUCUGUACAAAGCUAGGGUGGAGGUUCAGUGCGAGCAGUUGUCCAGGGAGCUGGCUCGACACAGGGAACAGUUGGAACGAGAGGCACAGGCCCUGCAGGAGAGACUGGCUGAGGCCAGAGAGGAGGGCCGUGCUGAGGCCCGCAAACGGAAAGAGGAGCUGGCACAUACAGUGUCCAGCCUCUCCCAGCGUGUUGCCGAGCUUGAAGGGCAGCUAGACCGAGCUCAUAGAGACAAGAACUCACUGACCAGUCAGCUUGAAGAUACUCUUUGCAAACUUACCAGUCAGGAGCAAGACAAUACCAAGGUGUGUGUGGAUCUGAGAUAUCAGCUCAGCCAGGCCCAACUGAAGAGAGAGGAGGCAGAGAGAGAACUCCGAGAGCUCAGCAACAAGACAAGCAGACAGAUGGAAAAGGCUGCACAGGAAGUGGAAAGGCUGAGCUCAGAGCUGGUUGGCUGUCGGCAGCGUCUGGAGGCGGUCCAAAAGGACGGGAGCCAAUGGCAGGCCGAAGCCCUGAGCCUAGCAGAACAGCUGGCAAAUGCCCAGCGCCAACUGCACCUCACCAGACAGGACAGAGAUGGUGCAGAACGGGCUCAUGAGGAGGAAAUGGCGUCUGUGACCCUCUCAGCGCGGGAGAGGGAGAGAGAGCUGGCUGUGUUGCUGGAGCAAACAGAGGCUCAACACCAGCAGAGAGUUGGAGAGUUGGAUGGUCUGCUGUGUUCCCAGAAUUCCCUGAUCAGGAAGCUAAAGGACGAAUGCUGCGCGCUGGGAGUCAAACUGGAAGAGCUGACAGAAAACAGCAGAAGUGAGAUGGAGCAGCUGGCCCUGGAGAAGCAACACCUAGAAGAGACAUUAAAGAGUCUGAGAGCUCGCUGCGCCGACAUGGAGGAACAGUGUGUCCAGCAUGGUCGCAUGCACCAGCGCAUGAAGGACAGACUGCAGCAGUUGGACCGUCACUGUCAGAGCAGCGCCCAGCAGGUGUGUGAGCUGCUGGCCAAACAGAACCAGCUGAUGCAGGAGAGAAACACACUCACCGAGGAGAUGCAGACCCUACACAUAGAGCUCCCGAACACCAGACGAGUCGAUGCUCUGUCCACAUGAGUCUGUCCUGCCCAUUUCCUCCUCUGGUCUGUUUGGAUUCAGAGUCAUCUCCCGUCAACGAAAACACAUCAGAGUAUUAUUUAUGCUUUUUUAUCCAAAGUGCAGGGAAUCAGAUGUCCUCCUAUUUUGUUAUCAGGUUUCCAGCCUAUAUUUUACAUUUGGCAAUAGACUGUUACUGCAAUAUAUUGAGUGGUUAGAGGUACUUUUUUAAACAUUUAAUAAGAAAAUCAGUGGUGCACUAAUAUGAGCUUUUGGAAUUCCCUAAAUCAUCAUUUUAAUACAAAUUUUCUACAUUUUCUUUUUUUCCCCUUUUAUUCAGAAUAAGCGUUUCACAUUUUGUAUGGGAAAAAGUCUAAACUCAUUUCUUUUUUAGCCACAAAGGAAACAAGUCGACACCAUUGCAGCAGAUUGACAUAGUGCUUUAUUGAAGCUGUCUGUAAGAAGGAAAAUAAUGUGCAUCCCUAUCAUAUACAUUUUAUGUGUAAAAAUACUAAGGAUGUACAGUGUAAAAAACAGCUUCAUGUUGAUGGUAAUUUGUUGUUUUUACAUCCUCGCGGCCUCACUGGCCAGCAGGACUGUAUCCUAACAGCAUGAGGGACAGAAAAAGGCUGUUUGAUCGAUCUGCUGAGUUUCCCGACACUGUCUCAGAGUCAACAUCCUCUCUGCUCCACUGACAUGUCGUAGAGCAGAGCUGACUUCAGUGCUACAGUGCUUCAGGGAAACGUGGCCCACUCUGUGAACAGCUGGCAGCUGUCCAGAAAUGUCUCACACAACUGUAAAGCUACAGUAGAUGAACAUGGACGUGAAAUUAAAACUCAGUUACACUUUGUAA